UGGUGCUAGCAGGGUACGGCUGUAAUCUGGGUCAGCGGUAGACAGGCUCGCUGUAGGAUUAAAUGCUUCACGUCUAUAAGCAAACAUAGUCUAAAACAAUGAUGAUAAGAUAUGCCAUUGUUUCAAGGGUUAUUCCAAACUUAAUCAAAAACCAACCAAUUAGAUGGACGUCAGAGGCCAGUAGUGCCAACAAAGAUGAGGUGAAACCUUUUGAAGAGAUCCCAGGUCCUAAAGGACUUUACAAUGUGCCCUUCAUUGGAUCUGUCCUGCAUUUCAAGCCUUUCAGUAAAUUUACACCUCAGACUACACACAAGCUCAUAGACAGUUUACACGACAAGUACGGGCCUGUGGUUCGAGUUCAACUUGGAAGACAGAGUGUCCUGUUGGAAGAUUUAAAAGACAUUGAGACGGUCUUUAGGAAUGAAGGCAAAUAUCCAAAUAGACCAGGAAUUGAUAUUUCUAAAAUUUUCCUUGAAAGGAAUGGAUUUAAGCUAGGACUUAGCCAAAUCCAAGGAGAAGAGUGGCAUGCCCUGAGAACUCCAGUCAACAAAAGACUAAUGAAGGCUGACUCGGCCUAUCAUUACCUGGUGCCACAGAACGCCGUAGCUGAUGAUUUUGUCAACAUUUUGGCCACACAAAAGUUAACACCGGAGGAAAUGAAAGAUCUUUUCUUUCGUUUUGCAUCUGAAAGUAUAGCAGUUGUGACAUUUAAUACCAGACUGGGUUUCCUGGAUCACUCGUGCGAUAUAGAAUCUUUAGAGUUUCUUGAAGCAACUAAAAGAGCUUUCUCUAUAAUCUCUGAUACUUUGAGUGGUAAAGAAUUCUCCUAUAAGUUUUACAAGAGCAAGACCUACCUGGAAUUGGAGAGAUCUUAUUUUGCCAUACAAAAAAAUGCGAGGAAACAUGCUUUGAAAGCACGUGAAACAAUUGAACAGCAGCAGAAAGAUGGAACAUUGAAUACAGAAGAACCAAACUUACUUCUCUCCCUUGCAUCAGAAAAAGGUCUAGAUAAUGAAGACAUCAGUAACUUACUGGACUCACUCUACAUGGCUGGUACUGAUUCUACAGCAAAGAACCUGCAAGUUUUCUUCUACAACUUGGCUAAAAAUCCUGACAAACAGGAAAUUCUUAGAAAAGAAAUUCUGGAAGCUGUUGGAGAAUCCGGAUUUGUGGAUGCUAAAGCCCUGUCAAAGAUGUCCUACUUGAAGCAUUGUCUAAAGGAAUCUUUCAGACUGAACAACCCAAUCGCCACGGGUACUGUGAGAAUUCUGCCGAAAAAUAACGUAGCUAGCGGCUAUAACAUUCCUGCUGGGACUGCAAUUUUGAUGAGCAACCCAAGAGCCGCCAAAAAAUGCUUUGAAGACCCAGACAAGUUUAUCCCAGAGAGAUGGAUGAGAGCAGACGAUGGUCGUAAACAGGACAACACAAACAGCAUGGCGGUUUUACCGUUUGGUCAUGGGCCGCGUAACUGCAUUGGCAGACGUUUUGCUGUUCAGGAAAUUUAUCUGGCAGCUUCUAAAGUUCUCCAGAAGCUGAAGAUAGAAUUAGAACCCGAGUCCUGGAAUACAGAAUUUAUCUACACGACAUUCAUUGACACGGAGAAACCAAUCAGAUUUAAGUUUACAAAGAUUCAGUAGAUAAAUUUGGAAUCUUUUUAGAGUGGUAUUCCCUGGAACUUUGAAAUAAAAAAGUUGUUUGAAAUAACUUUGGAAAACAAUAUAGCUAAAAACAUCUAUAGUUUUAAAUAUUUUUAUUGAUGCAUUAAAUAAAUUAAAAAAUAAUGUGAUUUUCAAAUCUAUUAAUUAACCACAGUGUAAAUGUUAUUAAAAUUUUGAGUCACUGAAGAAGUUGGGAUAUAGUGACAAUUCUCUCAAUAUGUCAUAUAUCUGGCAGAAAAUUUAUUUUUAUUUGUAAAUGUGUACUCUAAUAAUCAAUAUUAUGAAUAUUUAACCAAUUUAUACAAAGGAUGUUUUAAAAUGUAAUACAAGAUGUAAAAACAAGCUGUUUUAGAAAUGUUUUUUAAAUUCUUAAAAAUAUGUAAGUUGUGUUGGUCUCUCAGUCAUUAUGUGUCAUAUAUAUAAAU